CGAUUAUUGGCCUUAUUGAUAAAAUGAAACCUUUCCGAAACUCCUAUCAUUUUCAAAUAUAUCUUCAAAACCACAACUCAUAUAUAACUAACUAAUUCAGAACUCAUCUUUUAUAUUUGAAAGUUUCAAAAUCAGAUUUAGGUAUGAGUCCGAGUACUGACAUACUAUCAGAGAAGGAUUUGAAAUACCUUCGCCAAGCAAUUGAGAUAUCUGCAGAUGCUAGGAAACAUGGCCAACACCCUUUUGGUUGUAUUAUUGUUGAUGAAAACGACAAGGUGGUUACUACAGCCGAAAACCAGGUUCCUUCUGGCGACGCCAGUCAGCAUGCUGAACUUCGUGCAGUAUCCAUAAUAACAAAACUAAAAGAUGCUCAAACUUUGGGAAACUGCACACUUUACACAAGUACGGAACCUUGUGUAAUGUGUAGCGGAGCCAUCGUUUGGUCUGGCAUAGGACGUAUAGUGUUUGGUCUUUCCAAUGAGAGUCUGAAUAAAUUGGCAAAACUCAAUCCAAAGAAUUGGUAUAUUACAAUGAAUACAAAGGAAAUUGCUGAGAGAGCAUCUCGCCCAGUCCAGGUACUGGGACCGUUUAUAGAAGAUGAAGCUGUGAUUCCACACGAUCACUUUUGGGAUUGAGUAUUCUAUCUUAUGUAUGUCAUUUUAAGCCUCUAUCUUCUCCUUUCUUUCGGACCUUUCUACGUUUAUGGAUUGAACUUUUAAAUUUAUUAUCACUCUGUUAUAAUUUCAAGAGAUAAUCAUUCAGCAUUUAUACAAAGCUUACACUUCG